CCUUUUCCAGACUUCCUUUCCGAUUUUUCUUCCCACUUUCUGAAACAGGAACAGGCGGCGGCCAUACGUCGGCGAUGGCACUCCGCCUAUACGGCUGGACUGAACUGUAAGGCAGAGAACUCAAUCCUUAAUCCGCUUCUCUGCUGGAUCAGAAUCCGAAAGUUGAUUAGCUUCCUCUAGUAUGCAAGUAACUGAUUCCAGAGUUAUGGCGCCCUAAGUCGUCGAUAGGAAGAACUAAGAAGUAGGAUGCUUCGCGCCAGGCACGCCCUGACACGAUUGAAGCACCGUUGGCUCUGCACCAGCACGGCUAAGCCCAACAAUGGCAUCAAGAAGAACGAAAGUGGUGGCAACAAUGGCGGUGAUAAUCACAAGCAACCAUCGAGUAUUACCAGAUACAAUGAAACGUAUAGCCAGCUGGGCAAGCUCGACUUCAUGACCGCCGCCAAGAUCCUUUUCACAGAAACCCCUAAGCAGAAGAAGUUCGGGCUUGAUUUUCACCUGGUACAACUCUUCUUUGUCUGCUUGCCAUCAUUGGCUGUGUAUUUGGCCGCCAUGUAUGCUCGUCGUGAAAUGGACAGAGUGGAAAUGGAAUUCCAGCAGAAGAAGAAGAAAGAAGAAGAGACCAAGGCAAAAGAAGAGGAGCAGAAAGCCCUUGAAGUAGAAGCCAAGUCAAAUGCUGCUAUAUCAGAGGUGAAAGAGAGAUUGGAUAAACUAGAAGUGGCCGUCAAUGAAAUUGCGGCUGACAAGAAGAAAGGUAGUUCCACUGGUACGAAAGAUGGUGGUAGUAGUAGUAGUAGCCAGGAUCGCCUUCGGAGUGGGAACAACAAGUCUUGAAAAGAAAGCGGAACUUUUUUUUCUUCUUUCUGUGCCUUUGUUUAUCCUGUAAAGAAUGGUAGUAUGUAUGACUUUUUUCAGACGUCAUCCCGACGAUGGGAAGCACAAAUGAUGGACUUUGGGGUCGUCAUUGCUUACUCAGAAACCACUGAGAUAGAGAUAUAGUGUUUUAUCUUGUCGAGGUUAGUAUAUUUUAAUUAGUAAGAUGACUAAUGGACGUUAUUGUUUAAUUGACUUUCACUAAUCCUUGAACAGAGGG